AAAGACCAAACAUUCGAUAUGUACGUCCCUGUUUUCACGCUGCUCCAGUUCUUCUUCUACACUGGCUGGCUCAAGGUGGGGGAGUUGAUUAUCAAUCCAUUUGGAGAAGAUGACGAUGACUUUGAAACCAACCAGCUGAUCGACAGAAACAUCCAGGUGUCCAUGCUGGCUGUGGAUGACAUGUACCAGAACCUUCCACCUGCUGUGAAAGACAAGUACUGGGCCCAGGGACAUUUUUCUGUCCCUUACAUUCUGUCGACUGCAGCAGAGAGUCUCAAACCAGCCUUCAAAGGCUCCACCUUUGAUAUGAGGAUGAGUACAGAGGAUCUUGAUCUUCUCCAGCCUGAGGAUGUUCCGCUGAAGACGCAGUAUUUGCAGAGGGGCAAAGGUUUCCUCCACGAGAGGAGUCUGCCCUCUUUGGCAGACGUCUCUUCCCAUCAUAAUGAGAGUGAAGAUGGUGAUGGUGCUGAUGGCAGGGAUGAUGUCACUUUAACCCCUGAUGAUGACAUCACUGCCACCAGUCGCAAAGAACACAAAGCACUGAUUAGAAUUGAGGUGGAAAAACACAUCUGAUGUACCCACAAUGUACGUUUUUCACUCUAAAAGAAGCCAAAUGUUCCAAAUAAACCAA